UCCUGAAUACCUGUCACAGGUAGAAAGAACAUAUCCACGUACAUUAUCACCAUUUGAUAUUCAUAGCUAAUUAGCAGGUUCACCCAGACAAGCCCUUCAUAGUGUAGGAGAUAUUUUUACAGAAGAAAUCGUUACGAUAAACAGUUUUCUUGGGCCGAGACAAUCCCUCAGUGACUUAGUCAGAAUAGCUUGAUCGCCAUGCAACACUCUACGCUGUUAUAUAAUGCAACAGCAUUUACAGUCUCUGUCAUAUAGAAGGCAGCGAACAGGCGAAAGAAACAACUUGCGGUGAAUUUUAAGUAGCUUUUAAGAUUGAUAGUUACAUAAAUUUAGAUCUCGAGAGCAGUCAAACAAUGAGACAAUGAUGUGAAUAUUGUGUGCGGAAGUUUUAAUGAUUGGUUACGUGGAUUCAUACAGAGAUGGCUGGUCAAAGAAUAUUUCCUGCGUUGUCUUUUUGAAUAACAAAAUAUGUGUUCAUGAUCGGGAAUUACUGAGGAAUUAUACUUAGGACAGUUGAUGUUACCAUUGAAAACGAGUAUUUUACUUGUAUGUACAGUAUACCUUGAUUCCAAAUUGUGAUGGGUUUUAUGAGAGGAAUGUUUUUGGCUGUCACCAUUGGGACUACCUGUCUGCUUGGAGUGGUGACAGGACAUGGUCGGUUGAUUGAACCCCCAAGUAGGUCCAGUAUGUGGCGCUAUGGAUACAGAAAUCCCCCAAAUUACAAUGAUAACCAGUUGUACUGUGGUGGAGUACAGAUCCAGUAUGAGGUUAAUAAAGGACGUUGUGGGGUGUGUGGGGACCCAUUUCAGGGGCCCCUGGACAAUGAGCCGGGUGGAAAGUAUGCUAAUGGAAUCAUUGUUCACUCAACAACCAUUGGUGCCAUUAUGCCAGUGAUGGUAGAAAUUACAGCUUCACACAAAGGAUACAUGGAAUUCAGACUGUGUCCAAAUGAUGAUCCACAGAAGCGGAUCUCAGAGGAGUGUUUGAAUGAUUUUCCUUUAACCAUUAUUGAGUCGAAAAGUACAAGAUACCAAGUAACGACAUCUGGUAAAUACAAGUUAAAGCUACAGCUUCCAGAUAGUGUUAAGUGCCGUGCUUGUGUUUUACAGUGGAAGUAUAACACAGGGAACAGCUGGGGAGUGGAUCCAACAACAAACAGGGGUUGUAUAGGCUGUGGAAACCAGGAACAGUUUUAUGGAUGUGCAGACAUUGCAAUUGGUCACCCAGACAUUGAACCAGGCUAUUCCUUGAUUACCAACCAGAUGAGUAAAGGAGAACCCAUCUUUAAACCUGGUGUUCCCACUCCACCUCUUGUUCCAACUGAACUGGAAACAUGGGAUCGACCUGCCACUCCAGAUAGUGGAGAAGAGGUAGAUCCAGCUAUUGUUCCAAGUCAAGGUGGAUCAUCAUCAAAUGCUGUAUACAAGGUGUACAAAAAUUUCCUUGACUUUCAAAGCCAGUUUCCAAACAAAUAUGCCAGACCCUGUGUCUGUCACUCCUGUGUAGGCAAGACUUGUGUGUGUGAAUGUUUCCAAGGAGACAUAUCUGCCUCAUCUACAAAUUCUCUCCAAAGUUAUCUUAUGCUAACUAUACUUGUUUUUUCAUAUGUUUUGCAAAGUCUUGCACUUUGAUACACUAUUUUAUAACAUCAGUAUUUGCUACAAUAAUAAUUAAUUGCUAUUUAUUUCUUUUCUUUAUGUUGAGAUUUUAGCUCACUUGAGCUGAUCAUGAAGGCUCAUUUUAGUGAGCCUUUUUUUAUUAAAAUUUUUCCAUUGUC